GAGAUGGUGGUCUAAAUUUCAACCCAGCCACAGGCACCAUCACCGCUGGUUCUAUUAUCACCUUUGACUGGGUUGGUAGUGAUACACACAGUGUUCUUCAAACUGAUGACGACAACUGCACCCCAUCAACGAAACGAAAGGCCUUCAAGACUGGUGAAAAUACCAAUGGCUUCACAGCAACUUUCAAGGUCCCCGCUAAUAAGCGCAAGCUGUGGUUCAUGUGUGGUGUCCCUGGACAUUGUGAAGCAGGAAUGAAAUUGGCUCUCACG